UUGUUGGCCGAGCCCCAUCACUAUGCUCCUCGAUAGUGGUCCCCAGUUUCCGUCGCUUGGAGUUGGAGGCUUCGGAACGCCGAGACACCAUGAGCUCGGGAAUCGAGAGCCCGGACUGGGGCUCAAUCCCUUCGCGGACUCGUCCCAUUCAGCUGCGUUUAAAAUUAGCUCUGUUACACACGAUAUUGCCCCAAGCCAGACAUCGGCUUUCACCCCGCAAGCUACCGGAUAUGCAGCUGCGCUCGGACACCACCAUCACGGAGGGCAGGUCGGUUCUUACGGUGGAGGCGCGUUCAACUCCACGCGAGAUUUCUUGUUCCGAAACCGGAGCGACUCGACGGCUACAAGCGCGCAGCACGGGAUCUUCGCCGCUUCUGCAGGGAGUCUCCACGCACCCCCUGGAAUCUCGGACAACCCGGGCCACCUUCUGUUCCCAGGACUUCACGAGCAAAGCGUGAGCCAUACUUCUCCCGGAGGACACGUAGUGAAUGGACAAAUGCACAUUGGUUUGCGUGGGGACCUUUUCGGGCGGCCGGAUCCGUAUCGCCCUGUUCCGAGUCCGCGCGCGGAUCCGUACGGCGCCGCUCCGCUCCACAAUUACAAUCACCCUAUCAACAUGAACGUGGGGAUGAACGUGCCCACGCACCAUGGGCCAGGCGCAUUCUUCCGCUACAUGCGGCAACCCAUAAAACAAGAGAUGUCCUGCAAGUGGAUAGAUGAGAACCAAAUAAACAGGCCCAAAAAAACUUGUGACAGAACUUUCAGCACCAUGCACGAGAUGGUGACGCAUGUGUCCAUGGAGCACGUCGGCGGGCCCGAGCAGAGCAACCAUGUUUGCUACUGGGAAGACUGCCCAAGAGAAGGGAAAUCAUUUAAGGCCAAAUACAAACUAGUGAACCACAUCAGAGUGCACACCGGGGAGAAACCUUUCCCUUGUCCUUUCCCAGGUUGUGGGAAAAUUUUUGCAAGAUCAGAAAAUUUAAAAAUUCACAAGAGGACUCAUACGGGCGAGAAGCCGUUUAAGUGUGAGUUCGAGGGCUGCGACAGGCGCUUCGCGAACAGCAGCGACAGAAAAAAGCACAUGCACGUGCAUACUUCUGACAAGCCCUACAUCUGCAAAGUAUGCGACAAGUCCUACACGCACCCAAGCUCACUCAGGAAACACAUGAAGGUCCACGAGUCACAAGGUUCGGAGUCAUCUCCAGCAGCCAGUUCCGGAUACGAGUCGUCCACGCCGCCUGUGCUGGUUUCUACGAACUCAGAAGAUCCUACCAAAACGCCUGAAACAACCGUGCAAAGCGCAUCAGCACACAGCGACGCAUUAGCGCCCAACUUCAACGAAUGGUACGUUUGAAGAUCUGAGUAUAGACUCUUAUUGCGGACCAAAAGGUUCAGGCAACCUUUAAAAACACAAAACACUAUUCACACCACGGUGAACAAAAUGACAGUGGAACAACACGAAGAACCGAGAGUUCGCCACAGCAGGCCUCGUCCGUUCUCAGGAUCCAAAAUUUGACUUUUAUUCCGAGAUCGAAGGAAAAAAAAAACAAAAAACAAUAAAUAGUUACACUUUCUAUGAAUAAAGAAAAAAAAAUGAUUUCGGUUUAGUUUUCAGAUUACAGAUAAUUAUUUUAUUUUUAAUUUUAUGUAUUUUAUCAAAAGUUUAUUUUGAAAAUAAACAAAAACUGAAAUAAUAUUUCACGGUGUUUUUAUAUCGCGCGACGUCCGUGUCGCCCUUUGAUUGUUAAAACUUCAGACAGUCUUACGAAAUGUGCCAAAGUCUUUGUCUUGAACUUGAACAAGAGCAGCAACAAGAAAAAGAAAAUAAGUAUAUAGCCUAAUCGUGAAUGUAUUUCCUUGUUUGAUGGAGUCGAAUCUGUUGUCCACGUCUGUUUUGAAAUGGAGAAAUGUAGUAGUACGAUUGUUACCUUUGACUAUGAUAUUGCCUUUUGUUAAUAACAAUGUAAAUAUAUAUCCAUGAUGCCAUAUUUAUCGAUUUGUAAUUUAAUUAUCGGCAAAGAGCCGAAUCUUAAAUGAUAUUUAUGGAAAUGUUUUCUAACAAGAUUGUACAGUGUUGAGUCAGACAUUGACCAGCCUAACAUUGAAACAAGGUCAUAAACUCUAAAAGCUUCCUUCACGCGAUUGUAACUUUUUUCUUUCUUUCUUUUUUUUUAACCAAUAAACGUGUCUUAUCUGGAUCAAAAAUAUCAACUAUGAAUAUAAUGAAUUAACUUUUUUUUUUCUAAAGUUUAUAGUAUUGUAUAGACUAUUCCAAGUACUUUGAGCUCUUAAGGGUACUGAUAGAGCGAGCAAACAGGCAAAAAAAAAAUCUUAAGUGACUGAUAAAUAGAUAUAAAGCGAUAAUUACUUUUUAGUUUAUUUUUUAAACUCUUAGUAGGGAGUAUACCACAUUACCAUAAGGAGCUACUAGGAACAAAUUGGAGAGGCCCAUUUGCCAGAUAUUCCCUGGCUCCUCACAUUUCGAUAAGAUUCUCAGCUGUUAUGCAACAGCAUUUAGCUUUCAUUCAUUAACUUUUUUUUUUAACUCAAGUGUUCAAACACUAGAUUCCCAGGGCAAAGCCCAGCUAUUUGAGUCAAUAUAGUAUUCCACUUUUGAUGGUUACAUACUAGAUGGAUGCUGUAUUUUUAUGUUUCCAGCAAGAACUGUCACAGCAGAGUAAUCGCAAAUAAAACUUUUUUUUUCAUGUCUUCAGUUGGCAUUGCAUUAAAUUUAGGCUAGUUCUUAUGUGAAUAUAAAAGUGUUCGUCAUGAGUACUGUCGUGUUACAUAUGGAGCAGUACACAUUUGCUCGUUUUACGUGAUUGACAUUUCCAGUUGAAUUAUGUGUGGAACAACAUUUUAGUCUUAAGAAGAAGAAAAAAAAAAGUGUUUAAAGGGAAAUUUGUUUUGUUUAGUGGCGCCAAGAAUUACAGCAUUGCAUUGUGUGUGUUUAUAGGAAUUAAAUAUUAUGCAUUCACAGAUUUAUUGUGCUUUCGACUUCAGACCACCAGCAGUACUUUUGAAAACAAACUGUAUUAAAUACAGGACCUUGCAAAGUACAGUGAUGUAUUGAAUACUUUUAUUUAAAUAAUGUAAUAUGUUUUAUAAACUAUUUUCUAUACGUUAAUUUAAAAAAAAAAAAAAAAAAAAAAAAACCUUUAUUUCAGCUACCCUCUCUGUAUCAGCCGUAAACUCAGCAAAUCUUGAAUGUGACGUUGUGACACCUGAAGACAUUAUUCCUGAAGAGCAAAUGUAUCACUAAAUAAACUGUGACACUGCACCACAAUCGGGGCAAGCAAUGCGAUUUCAAAGAGCCGAUUAGUCAUUUAGCAAACCAUGAGAAACGUGUCAUUUUCGAGCAGUCCUAUUUCUUGUGGGUUUGUUUGUCUGACAAACUAUAAAUGAUGGGAAAAAUGUGAAGUUUUGAAUAAGAUUAAAACCCUUACAAAAAUGUGACAAAUGACUGCAUUCAUCUCUUCUUAUAUGAUUU